GGCUGCAGCCGCCAAGAUGUCGCAGACUAAGAAGAGAAAGCUUGAGUCGGGGGGCGGCGGCGAAGGAGGGGUGGGAACUGAAGAGGAAGAUGGCGGGGAGCUGGAGGCGGCUGUGCCGCGACCCCGGAGGACUAAGCGCGAGCGGGACCAGCUGUACUACGAGUGCUACUCAGACGUGUCGGUCCACGAGGAGAUGAUCGCCGACCGCGUACGCACUGAUGCCUACCGCCUGGGCAUCCUGCGGAACUGGGCAGCGCUGCGAGGCAAGACCGUGCUGGACGUUGGCGCAGGCACCGGCAUUUUGAGCAUCUUCUGUGCCCAGGCCGGUGCCCGGCGCGUAUAUGCGGUGGAAGCCAGCGCCAUUUGGCAACAGGCCCGGGAGGUAGUGCGGCUCAACGGGCUGGAGGACCGGGUGCACGUCCUGCCGGGCCCGGUGGAGACGGUGGAGUUGCCAGAGCAGGUGGAUGCCAUCGUGAGCGAGUGGAUGGGCUAUGGACUUCUGCACGAGUCCAUGCUGAGUUCUGUGCUCCAUGCGCGGACCAAAUGGCUGAAAGAGGGCGGUAUUCUCCUGCCGGCUUCCGCUGAGCUCUUCGUAGCCCCCAUCAGCGACCAGAUGCUGGAGUGGCGCCUAGGCUUUUGGAGCCAGGUGAAGCAGCACUAUGGCGUGGACAUGAGCUGCCUAGAGAGCUUUGCCACACGCUGCCUCAUGAGCCACUCGGAGAUCGUGGUGCAGGGUCUGUCCGGCGAGGACGUGCUGGCCCGGCCUCAGCGCUUUGCUCAGCUCGAGCUGGCCCGCGCCGGUCUGGAGCAGGAGCUGGAGGCCGGGGUGGGCGGGCGCUUCCGCUGCAGCUGUUAUGGCUCAGCGCCCAUGCAUGGCUUUGCCAUCUGGUUCCAGGUGACCUUCCCUGGAGGAGAUUCGGAGAAACCCCUGGUGCUGUCCACCUCGCCUUUUCACCCGGCCACGCACUGGAAGCAGGCGCUCCUCUACCUAAACGAACCGGUGCAAGUGGAGCAAGACACGGACGUUUCUGGAGAGAUCACGCUGCUGCCCUCCCGGGACAACCCUCGUCGCCUGCGAGUUCUGCUGCGCUACAAAGUGGGGGACCAGGAGGAAAAGACCAAAGACUUUGCCAUGGAGGACUGAGCGUUGCUUUUUUCUCCCAGCCACUUUCCAAGGCAGCCUGGCCUGUUUGGGAGAGGCAUAGGGAGGUCGGAGAAGAGAGGGAGAUCCCAUGUGCAAGUAUUGUGUGACAGUAUCAGCAUGGCUAUACAUGAAGAACAAUGUAUGACCCUGGACACCAAAUGAUCCAAAGGAAAACCAAGACCUUUGGAGUGAGGACACUUCCGGAAGGAUACAAGUCUAAUAUGUAUCAACAUCCAGGCACUGUCCUUUCUUGUCUAUAUGGACUAGUACUGAUUGCUUAGGGCCAUUAGGGCCUCUGGCAGGAACUCCUGGGCCCAAAGAAAAACAUGGUAAAGUUAUACUUACUUCCCUCAAACAAUUUAUUUAGCCCUGUGAAAUUUCCCAAAUAUUUUCAUUAAUUCAAUGAAUACAUUCAUUUCAAUGAAUAUUUUAUUGAUUAUUUUAAGUAACAGUUGUGUUAAACAUUUAGGAUACAAACCAAUGGAACAAAUUCUGCCUUCAGAUACAUGCCUUCAUAAGCUAAACUAUCAAGUAUAAUAAACAAGGGCUAAGGACUAGGUUGGUCUUGGUGUUAGGAAGGCACAGAUAUACACAUAUUGAAGGAUUUGCAUUAGAUUGCAUAUCUGAUACUUGACAGUUGAGCUCAAGUCUUUUCCUUACCUCAAAAAUUCACUUUUUCAUUAUAUUAAUCCUGCAUGCUUCAAUGAAAAGCAUUAAAGUACAUACUUCUCAAGUAGGUAAAAACUGUUUUUAUCUUUUAUGAGUGGAAGAAAGGGAAAAGUCCUUAGCCCUCAAAAGUCUCACUGAAGAUCUCUUAGGCCUUGAAGAACCACCCCCUUUAAGAAUAGGAUCUCAAGGUUUCACGAAUACUAAGCACUCAAGGAACAUCCCCAAUGCCCAUUCCUUAUCAGCUAAUCAAAUGUGAUAUGUAUUCUGAGGCCCCUAGAAAACUGAAUCCUCAAUACUGUCAGGCCAUUUGUCCUUGAACCUUGGUACCAGAGAGCAGAGGAUCAAGAUGAGUUUGAAAGUGAUGCUGAAAAUGGGCAAGAACUCAAAAAGGUGAAAAUGUGAAAAGCAUUUCUAGCAAACAACUAUCUAACAUUUUGCUUAUGACCAGCCCUUUUGUUAUCUUCGUAUUUCACACUACCCAAUAUCACAAAGGGAUUGAUCUUUAGGAGCACUUAAUAACAAAGAUUCCACUCACAUUUGCAUCUUUUGAUGCAUUGAUUUAUUUACCGAUCCAAUAAACCAACAAUAUAAGUUCUAAGAUAAGUAAAUCCUACUCAACUAAGAUAUGAUAAGGAACAUAUAAUUAUCUGCAUCAAUAAUUUGCAUGCUUUGUUGAGCCUGGAAAGGUUCAUUCAACUAAAUCUUAUCUCUGUUGAAACAAGGUUGAAAAGGCAGCAAAAGUAUUGCUUAUUUUAUCAGAUACAUAAUGAAAUCCUCAGGAAAAAAAUCCUCUCUAAUAUUAGUUUUGGAAAUAAAUCUAUAUCCUCUGAAUAACUGGUUUGUUUUAUAAAAGACGUAUCAUAUUGGAUAGGUGAUCUUUCCACAUCGGCUACUAGAAAGCUGAGCCAACAUUAUGCCUGACUUGUCCUUUUUUAUUUUUUUAAGUCUUUGUAUCUGGCUCCAUUUCCAUGCUCCAAUUUUGCCCUGAUUUUUCCUCUCACACGUGUAAUAAAGAAUAUGUGUUUUGCUGGUAUUUAUAUAACCUUAUUUUUGUCUAAAUCUUUUUGACCUUAAAAUGUUUUCCUACUUUCUGGAAUACCUACAAGGCGAGGAGGUUACAGAAAGAACCAGAGGACUAAAAUAUGUGCCCCCAUAAUUUGUGUGUCCCAAAUUUUUCAUUUGGUUAGAAAACUGAUUUGAUCCCAUACUUUUAGCCAAGUUUACAGAAUUUUACAUUUUGUAGAAUCAAAAUUUCUGAGUAUAUGAAAACUCAAGACACAUAGAUAACCUUGAGGAAACCAUGAAUAAAGCUCUUUGAUUAAAUAUUAAACACACUAGUAAGGAGAGUUAGAGGUUUCUAAACCUUUUUCAAACGUGUCAAAAUAGUUACAGUGAAGAUAAGGAAGAAUAUGGUGUAAUUAGACUAUGUGUCAAAAUAUUGUACAUACUUGUAGGAAAAGACAUUUGAAACAAAAAUCUUGGACCUGAUUAAAUACUAAGAGGAUUUUAAUAAAAAUUAGGACAUGACCAAUAACACUGAAAUGGUGCUUCUUUGGUAUCUUUGAUAAUUAAAUUCAUCAUUAUUGAUAAUAGUACUAGUAGUAGGGGAAUACUGGUGAUGAUUUCAGUUGAUUGAGUAGCUUUA